AUGGUUACUUUAGCAUCGCAUAUUUCGGAUUAUUUCGAACAAUUUAAUAGUUCAUUAACAAAUGAUUUUAAAUCAACAGCACAUGAUUUAUCAUCAGAUAAAAAUCUUAGUUUAUAUUAUGUAUUUGAUUUUGAACGUUAUAGUGAUAAAAUAGGAACAUUGAAUGAUUUACGUACAUUUAUGAUUCAACGUUGGCAUAAUAGUUUCUUUUAUGCUAUUGCAUACUUAUUAUUAAUUUAUGCUGGUCAAAUGUAUAUGAAAAAUAAACCACGAUUCGAAUUACGUUUAUGGUUAGCUGCAUGGAGUGGAUUACUUGCUAUGUUUUCUAUUUUUGGUGCACUUCGAGUUUUACCAGAAUUGAUUUAUGUUAUUUAUCGACAUGGAAUUAAAGAUUCGAUUUGUAGCAAUUCAAAUGCAUUUGGUGUUGUUGGAUUUUGGACAUGGGCAUUUUGUUUUUCUAAAUUACCAGAACUAAUCGAUACCGUAUUUAUAGUUCUUCGUAAACAACCUUUAAUCUUUCUUCAUUGGUAUCAUCAUGCAUCUGUAUUAGUUUAUUGUUGGUUUAGUUAUCAAGAUUAUAGUUCAACAGGAAGAUGGUUUUGUGGAUUGAAUUAUGUUGUUCAUGGUGUUAUGUAUACUUAUUAUGCAUUUCGUGCUCUUAAAUUUCGUUUUCCACGAUGGAUAUCAAUGAUAGUAACAUUACUUCAAUUAAGUCAAAUGGUUAUUGGUUGUUGGAUUAAUUUGAAAGCAUGGCAAUAUAAACAAAAUGGUGAAACAUGUCAAGUAACCGAUGAAAAUUUAAAAGUUUCACUUGUAAUGUAUGGAACAUAUUUUAUAUUAUUUGCUCAUUUUUUUCUUGGUUCAUAUAUAUUUAAAUCAUCAAAAACAUAUGUCAUCGAUGAAUUAAGAUAUUAUACUGUUAUUUGUUAA